AUGAAGUCAGGCUAUAAACUUCAAUGGGUGAAAUUUUACUCUUCUGAGUUUGCGAUCGACGGCGUUGAGUACAAGUCGCUUCCUAGUGGAAUUCACGAUUCGGCAAGCGCAACUGUAUUCAUAAGUCACAAAUCGGGCAAAGAGAUGUAUUAUGGUGUUUGCUGCUUUAUACAGUUCACACUUGAAGAUAAUAAUAAUGAUAGUAGGCAGAAUUUGAAAAUGUUUUCACUAGGUGUAUUGUGUAAACCUAAACCUAGUGAGUGGAAACCAAAUGAGUUUAUAAACCUUGGAUGGGAGUACAUUCCUGAUUUGAGAGAGGUACUUGAAGACUUGAAAACUAAGAUUAAAGCAAAUCCAACCGAGCAGGUUGAUUUAAAUGCAUAUUUCACCACUUCUCUGGUAUUUGAAAAAGUAUCCGCCAAACUAGCGAAUCCAAAAUCAAGUACAAUGGACAAAAACAACAACCAGCAUCAUUUGCUCUUGCAAUUGCCAAAGAUGUUUCAAAUUCUAGGUCCCCUUGUGUUUGUCAUUUUCAAACAAAGUUUGCUAAGGAAAAAUAUAAUGAUAUUCAAUGAAUUACACAUGAAUGCCAUCCAUCAGGGAGAUGAGAAUGAGAAUGGGACUGAAAAUAAUAAUAACAAUGAGGGAGAAGAAGAAUAUACCAGGGACAGCAGUUACAAUUAUGAGCUUCUUACAUCUUUCAGUUACCUUCUCACUGUUUUAUCAGUAGUACCUAAUAAUAUCAAACUAAGUGAACGGAUUUUGCAAUCACAGCAACCUCUAUAUAGCGUGGGAUUAAAUGAAUUGUCCCUGGGAGAAGUAUUUGGAGACCGGGUCAAUGGGUACAUUGGCGUUACAAGCGAUGAAAUAUUGAAAACCCACUCAAUAUAUGACGUUGGAGUUGAAAUCGGCAACACCGUUAAAGUGUUUACCAAUGAACAUGAUCAUUCGAAACAGCAAAGCUUCCAUCAACUCAAAGCAACAAUCAGAGACUACCACAAAUUUCAAAGACUUUACUCAAACUCAUUUUUGAAGAAUUUAAAUUUGACACAUCUCGCCAAUGUGUCAACAGAUGAUUUGAUAAGGGUAGCCUCAAAUGAUGCCGCAAGUAUAUUGCACAGGGAAACAGAGACACGUCUGAAGAGCUCCUUCACACCCCUGCCUUUGCGCAAAACGGUCACCGACUUAUCUUCCCCAUCGUCACAACUUGAGAAUGAACCUGCAUGGUGGAAAUUGGAGGCGGUAGAGCCUUUAUCGUGGACAGAGUCGAUUUGGUCAGCCUUCUCAUGGUUUGCGUCUGCUGGUCAGCAGCUAGAUACUACAGAAGAGGAACCUAAUGCUCAAGCUACAUCAACCAAAACCACAGCGUCUUUACAUCAAAAAGUCGAUGUUAUCGAUCUUUUGAAAAUAGUAGGGUAUUUCCACAAAUUCACAUACAAGUGGUUCAACUAUAUAGACGAAUUAAUCAUAGAUGCUAUACAACAAGAACAGGCCCAUUUUGAAACUGAAGAGGAUCAAACACUCGUGAGGCAAGAAAUUAUUGAAACGUUACACAUAUCGUAUCAGGACAUGUUGGAAAUCGAAUUGGAUCCAUAUAGCGCGCAGGAUAUAUCAUUUAUCAAGGAGUUUGUUUUGUUGUAUUAUGGUGAUAAAGUUGAGAGGGUAAGUGUUGGAUAUAAUUUGAGUAGUAUAUGUUGCUGA